GUGAGCUUUAAAAAAAAAAAAAAAAAGGGAAAUUGUAAGGUUGCAGCUCGUAUUAUUAGCGUCCCAAUACACACGAACCCUAGGUAGGCAGUCCUAGUUCCAUUCCUUCUCGGAGAGAAGGGCACUCUGAGCAAUCUUUGUGCUGUUCGGCUUCCCCUCCGUUUUCAAGUUUCUGGACCUAGGGUUUCUGUUGUGUUCGAAACAGCCCUCUUUGGAGUCCUAGGGUUGUCUCAAGAAACAAAAUUGUGUUUGGCUGUUGGUGGGAUUCGUAAGAAACUGUUGAUGGACGGAGGAGCCCCGGCUGGGCCGUCGUCUAUGAUAAAGCAGCUAGCCUCCUGCAACAAGAUCACCCGAGACAAAGCCUUCAAGCUCCUCAAGUCAUGGCUUCCUCUCCAGCCCCAAGUGUCCGAAGAGGACAUGAGGAAGAUCUGGAAAGGCUUCUUCUACUGCGUUUGGCACUCUGACAAGGCCCCCGUCCAGGCCGACCUCAUCGAUCGCCUAUCCUCCCUGCUCCUGCGCCUCCAUCCCUCUCUCGCUUCGCAUUACUUCUCCGUUUUCUUGCUUACAAUGCGCCGCGAGUGGAGCGGCAUUGAUGUUUUGCGCUUGGAUAAGUUUUAUCUCUUGAUUCGCCGGUUUCUGCACCAUUUUUUACUCCUGUUGAAGAGCAACCGUUGGGAUGCAGAGCUUUCCGUCAAAUUUAUUCAUGUUUUGGAAGAAGGGACUUUCUUGGCUGAGGAUAAGUAUCCUGCCGACGGGGUUAAUUAUCAUGUCGCGUCUAUUUUAUUGGAAGAACUCAAGCCCUUUCUACCGGUGAGGGCAGAAACACUAGAAGCACUGUUUCAACCAUUUCUCUCCGUAAUGGGGAAGUCUUCAAAUAAGGUUUUGGUGGCCAAGAUUAAGUCUAAUGUCUUUGAUGUUUUGGUGAAAAUGGGGAAGACUCUUUUGGAGGUGAAGAAAUUGGGGAAUGAGAUUGAUGCUGGCAGUGAUAUGGUGCUUUUUGGGACAAUAGCCUUGACUAUAAAUUUUGCGACGAAGUUCUAUGACUUGGGCUCUUCGACUGAGUGUUUUCAGGGGAGCAGGAAGGUUCUUUUCAGUCUGCAUGAGGAUUUCUCGAACUUGAAGAAGGAUUUGGAGAGUUUGGGAAUUCAAAAUUUGAUUCCACAGAUCAAUAGUGAUGAUGCGGAAGAGGAGGUGCCACUGCUGGUCCCUAUCAAUAUUGAUACCGAAAGAGGUGUUCCUAAAGUUGAUUCAGGAGAUGCUGGGUCCGAAAUCAUUAAUGGGUAUGCUGGUAAGCGCGCUAAGAAGAGCAAGAAGACAAAGAAAGUGUCAGGUGGAAGCGGAAAGAAAGUAAAGGCAGAAAAGAAUGUGCUCUCUGACCUUCAUUUAGAGAACAGCAAAGAUGGGAAGAUGCAGUUUGAAAAGGUUGCUGCAGAAGCUGGCUUGGACGAUGGUGGUACAGAUUUUUGUGACUCGUCUAAAAUUUCCAUCAAUGGUAAAGCCUCAAAGAAGAGGAAGAGAGCAAAGAGUGUGGAUGGAAAGGAUUCUAAAAAUGCGGAUGUGAAUAGCAAAGGAGAUGUUGGAGGCAGUGUAGGUGCAAAGAGUGUAGAAAGGAGUGCAAAGAAGGUUAGAUUCUCUAUGAAAAAUAAUUUGGUUUGGAAACCUCACAGCCCCUUACCACCCCAGAGCUUGAGAUUACCCCCAUCUGUUACUCCAAGAGGCAGCGCCCUUAAGAAAGGAUUACCUCCAGGUCCCAUUAGAGAAAUACCCCCUAUGGCCAUAAAAGUGAAGGUGAAAAAGGGCCGGAAGGGGAAAAAAAAGAUUUCUCCAGCUAUUAAACGUUUGAGGAAGUUACAGUCCCUUUCCAUUUAAUAGGUUUGAGGUAGCAAGAUCAUGUUUUAGUGCAGCAGAUGUCUUGUGUGCUGUCUUCAUCCUUGUGCAAUUCAGGUCAUGCGGUGCUUUUCUUUCAUUGCCUAAAAUGUAUUGGGUGAAAAGUCAAGACUUGAUUGUGCUAUCUAUAUUGGUUUUAUCAUCAAUUGAGAGAACUAGUGACGCGUUCAGUUAGCAUCGACAAUUUUAGGGAAAUAACAGUGAAGAUUCUCACAUGCUUUAUUUACUAUGAAUUUAUUUUU